AUGCCGACAGCUCCGCCGCCAGCACCGCCUAUUUCUGUAGUCCCUCGUCCAGCUCCUAACGCUCGGAAUGCCUAUCAGUCGACAGCUACACCGGUUGAUCUUUCUCGUAUUGAUCCAGCCCUUCUUAGGCCUACAGCUGCAUCUACGGCAGCACCUACGGCAGCACCUACGGCAGCACCUACGGCAGCACCUACGACAGUACCUACGGCAGCACCUACAGCAGUACCUACGGCAGCACCUACGGCAGUACCUACAGCAGCGCAUACAGCAGCGCAUACAGCAGCGCAUACAGCAGCGCAUACAGCUACACCUACGGCUGCACCUGCAGCUAAGAAGCGCGGCCGGCCGCCUGGUGCAAAGGAUAAGGUACCACGGAAAAUGGCACUUCAGAGGAAAGAUAGUACUCAGCCUACGCCUUAGCCUAUGCCUCAGCCUACGCCUCAGCCUAUGCCUCAGCCUCAGCCUUAUCCUUAAGCACAGAGGCUUAGCCGAGAGGAGCUUUUACAUUAGCUUGCAGCGUAUGAUAAGGAAAUCAAGGGGUAUAUUAAUGAAGGUGAAGAGUAGGUGUAGGCGGCGAUGCUAGGGGGCCAGGCUUGAUGCAAAGGAGCCGUAAUAAGGUGAGG